AUGGGUCACAUAAUAAAGUAUGCAAUGGAUGACAAUGACGAGGAACAGGCAAUCUCACCAUUGUCCAUAAUGAUCAAAUGUAUUGCUAUCCUCUACAAAGCAAUGCACAACCUUGGUCCUUUUCAAAAUCAAAACAAACUCAGCAGAGCAAUGCAAACUAGGGUGACACUCUUCCUAGCUAAUGAAGAGUGGGAUGUGACUUGUAUCCUUGACCUCAAGAUUGAAGGUCCGAUUGAGCAUGUAUGCAACCCAGAGUUGCAUCUUCCCAUCAAGACUGAAGCUCCCAUGUCAGCUAUGGGUGAUCCACCUAUUCCCAACAUGAGUGACCCCAAUCGUUGCUUAGUUGGUCACAAAGCUACUCCAGGACCUACCCCUGAGCUUAGUACCAUCUCUAAUCAUCAUCUCAAGGUACUCUCAAGUCUGAAUGAAAGGAUGCAAUGGGAAGAACAUGAACUCCUGGACCCAAGGGUCAUCUCAGUACAUGCAUGGCGAUGCAAGAUCUUCACAAUGCUAUCUGUUGUCCCCUUUGUGAGAAGAGUGCUUGACAGAAAGGCAACAACCUUCGAAGAUGCCAAUGUAAUGCUUAGCUCAAUUGUCAUGCAGAGCUUCUCAAACAUGUUACACACUGAGUACUUUGCCAAGCACAGGGAUCAGCCAGUCCUUAUCGCCAUAGAUCUCUUUGAUUGGGCACUAAAGAAGUGCACAGUACAUUCCAACAUUAAAGAGUAUGAACUUCUAGCAGUAACUCUUGAUCUACAUUGGGACCAGGUGGGGAGUCACACAUAUGACUUCCUCAUCAAAUGGGAAGCUCAUGUAUUGGAAUUGCAUGAAUACCUAAAGGAUCCAUGGAUGCCAGACUACCAUUACAGAACACUUAAACAUGCGCUCCCUUCUGGCCAAAAUGCACUCUUCAACUCAGUUUUCAUACUGCAUGAGAAAGUACAUGGUAGAGACCAGACUAUUGCAAGCAUCUCCAAUGUCCUACAUCAAUGUUACGAACUGGCUGCCAAAAACUCUCCUACAACCAUGCAACACCGCCGCACUACCGAGGAAUCAGAGCUGGUCGCAUUGCGAGCUGCCACCCUCAUCAACUGUUGGGCAUGCGGCGAGCUCGGCCAUGCAGCUAACUGCUGCCCUAAUGAUGCUGCUCACAUUUGUUGGAAAGAAGGCAAGGUCAAGGUCCCGCCAAAAGGUUGCACUAACACAUCUUUCUCCACAAAAGUUGAGCUGGCACUGUUUAACACACCACCUAGGCUUGUACCAUUUGUGUUUGAUUCGGGUGCAUCCUGUGUAAUGGUCAAUUCUGCUCUCCAUGGGAAGGACUGGCAAGACAUGAGGGAAGCAGUCAGCAUAACCACUGCCAAUGGUGGACAACUCUCAGCAACCAAGAUGGGAGGGACAGUCAGUCUGCUGAGUUUCAGCCCUAAAAUGUGGCACUGGGAAUGGAUAACAUAUCAGAACUGCCUUCUUGUCCCUAACCUAGUGACAAAUCUCAUUGGAACCAAGUCAGUCACACAUGCUCAGGGCAAGGUGACAUUUGAGAAUGAACUUGUUACUGUACAGGACAAAUGUGCUUGUGCAGUCCAUGUGCUGAUGAGUGGAGAUGGUUAUCCAGCUGCAGCCAUGAUGAUAUGGAAUGACCAAAUGGCCAAACCCACCAUCUUGCUUGCCUUUGCAGCCACCACCUCACACACUGGGAAUACUCACAGAACAUGUCCUAAGGCGAACCUGUGGCACUGCAGACUAGGUCAUGCUAGUCAUGACUCAAUUAUGCGAACACAGAUGGUAACCCUUUCACAUGAUAUUCCUUCAGCCCCUGCCAUACAUCCCAACACCCUUUGUGACACCUGUGUAUGGAGCAAAGCGACUGCUAGAACCCCUGCUCAUCCUUGGCAGACCAAAGGGCCACUUGAGCUAGUGUCUAUGGAUGUAAUGGGACUGCUGCAUGGUACAACUAUGUUUACCUAUGUCCUGAUCAUCCAUGAUGCAUAUUCAGGGAUGGUCUGGGUACAAGGCCUAACAAGCAAGGGUCAAGUGGCCCAAGAGGCAGGAUGGUGGUUCUCUGAAAUCUGUGUUGCCACACAUUGGGAACUCUCAGAGGUAGUGUUUGAUCAUGGCAUUAAGGAGGUACAAGUGGACCAAGGUGAGCUAUGGUCAACAGCCUUUUGUGAUCUAUGCUCUUCCACAGGUGUGAAAGUCACUGCUUCACCAACUCAACAACAUUCAGAUAACACGUUUGCUGAAUGA